AUGAUCCAAAGAAUUUUGGCUUUCGGUGUUCAGGAAAAUGGGAAUUUAAGUACCACUGUCCGACUCUCUGUUGCCUUUCUUCAACUCCGUGCCGUCUCUCUCUUCUUCCUUCCCUGCCCUCUCAACCCAGUCACCUAUCCAUACUCUUCACCGUGCAACCAUCAACCCUUUCCUGCCUAUCUCAUCUCCACCACUCCUAAUCCUCUUUGUGUGAACCACUUUACUCGUUCGGCAACACAUCUUGCAGCUUCGGAGCAGCUUCGCUUAACAUUUGACUCAACUAGUGACCCUUAUCGAGUCCUCCACCCCAAGGACAAAGACAAAUCACCAUCUCAGAGUCUUAGCAUUUCCGUCACAAAUACCAAAACCCAUAAACCUUCGCACGCCAAUAUCGACAGAAUUACGCCACAAGAAACCGGAUUCGACAACUUCGGUACUCAGGAGCACGGGCUAGCUGAAAUGUCCGACACUGCCGACUACUCUAUCGUGCAUCCUGAAACCUGUGACAACAUCGCCUACUUUGAUUCUAAUACCGUACAAAGUCUCCACCAAGCUGGAAACCAAAUACCCAGCGAGGCUGACUUCAUCUCUUAUGCCAACAAUGUCGUCGCAGAUAUCGUGGGACCUGCCAUCGACCUUUCCUUUGCCCGGGGGACAACUGGCAGCAAUGAAGAACUGAACGACCAUCUUUCAAAGCUUGACAAGUUGCACUGGUAUAGCAAUUCAUUCCAAUGUGCAAGAGCACUAUGCCCAGGAGACGUUUUGCUUUUUUACAUGGAGAACGAGAAGCGGCGCGAUUGGUGGGAUAAUUUCGCUACCCUAAUCACCGAACCGAAGCUGCUUCCGUCCAUUGGAGCAGGCUUCCAUGAACGGACGGAAAUAUUCAUCCUUGCUCAUGCUUUUCAAAUCCUACUAUUUGCCCCUAUACAGCGGCCUCAGGGUGCAAGAUACAAUUGCACGGACUCCUAUCCUCGUCGGUUUCCGCUUGGAUACCCCGAGCCAGGCCCGGAUGAUGUGAAAGUCUGUGGCAAGUAUAGUCUUGAUGAUCUAUACCGAGCUAUACUUCUCAUGUUUUUCCUUAUUCAGCAGCGGCCUUGGAAAGAAGACUCUUAUGUCUACCGAACCUCUGAGGUAUGGUUAGGAUACACUACAGUCCGUUGCCACUAUCCCUGGCAUGAAUCCACCAACCAUUCAGCAGUACAAGUCUUUGCAUUUCAGAAGCUCCCUCGAGAAAUACAACUCCUUAUCAUCGAACUUGCAACUUCACCCAAAGUCACCCCGACAGUCGAAGCGGAGACCGGACAGCAGCGACUGUUCAGAAAGAUCCAGUGUACAUCUGAAGACUCACUUCUAGCUCUCAAACUGACGUCUCGUGGUAUGUAUCAGCUGGUAAAGACUGCGAAUUCAGUUGAAGCUAUUCCCAACUGGCAUGGCUCUCAUCAAAGCACACCUGUUCUUUUCCGCAUCAACUUACAAACCGACAUACUCCGGAUAUUCCGCCUCUCGGACAAACUUCCGAACUUUAUGGAUAAGAAUGGUCUUCGCGCGCCGCUCCCUGUGCGUAGACUGCUGGCUAUCGAGUCCGAUAAUCAUCUGUCGACUCGUCACGGAAUCCUUGAGCUUUUCUAUAUCUAUAGCGUUUCUUGCUCUCCAGGUUUGAUGCUCGACGAACUUCCAGCGCUGGAGGAGUAUUCUCUUAUACUUCCAGCAGAAAAGCAGAGCUUGAGGAUGGAUGGACUUCCGCGAAUUAGACCGCAAGACAAUAGCGAGGUUAUAGCGCAUAUUGGCACCAAGUGGCAAUUCAACCUUUACCGUUACUACAGCAUGGAAUCACUCGAUAACGAAGUACCAGAAGGAUGCCCGAUGGGCGUUCCACCAAACCUUUGCGACAACAGCCACCUCGAUGGUACUGACCCUUCCGACCGUCCUGGGAGCAUCCCGUAUAUUGGCAAGUAUGGAUAUGAGCGAAGCCACGGCAUAGUCGGCGGGCUAUGGGCUGGAUUCAAAUACUAUCAAGAAAGCAAGGAAGCCUACUUUGCGCCCCUCUCAUGGACCGAGGUUGAGCCCCUGGUUAUGGGUGACUAUGGAGAGAAUGGGACUAGAGCCCUGUUUCACAACCACACCCCACAGUUUGUGUCCAAGGUCUGGAUUAUACGCCAGGGUACAGCGGCUCCUAAGGGGUGGAUCAAGGUACAGGAUGCAGGCGAAUCGAACCCCACCUGGAGACACGAUCUAUUGAAGACAUGGAACGCUGUGCGCUAUACGUUAGAACGCAUUCAGGGCUCGGUAUCAUUUCUAUGUCAGCCCCAGUGGCACUGCAGUCCAUUGGAUUGUCUUCGUCCGAAAUCUCUCCUCGAAUCCUUUCGAGACAACGCUGCCGUGCGCGAAUGGCUCACGACGUUGGCUACUCUUCUUACCGAACCGAAGCUUAUCCCGACCUAUGGCCCGAUCCGUCCUUGGAGUGUCUCCGCUUUUGAGGACGAAUUUUGCCACGAGUUAUUCGUACUUGCUCAUGCUGUGCAAAUCAUGCUCUUUGCUCCAGUCUAUUGGCAUGAGGAUGGAUCCUACAAGUCUACUGACCCAUAUGCCCGACGCUUCCCUCUCAAGUUUCCCCCACCAAACUCGAACGAUGAGAAAGCCUUUGGUGAAUAUACUCUUGAUGACUUGUAUCGGGCCCUCAUUCUUCAGGAAUUCCUUUUUCUUCAGACAUGGAAUAAGGGGGUAGAGCGCCGAUGCAACAAUCUCCGUCGUACAAUUCCUCCCAAAGCUGAUGCUCCGUGGUUGGAGUACUCCAUAGGCCGGUCCGAGCCCCCUUGGGUUGAAGAUAGCAGAGUUUCAGCAGCUGACCGCUCUUUGAUUAUGAGACUCCCACGAGAAAUACAACUCCGGAUCGUUGAGCUAGCAAUCCCGCAGAAAGUUACACCUACCCUACUUAACCGACCUAAAGGGCGACGAGGAUAUUCAAGAGUGCAUUCGACAUGGGAGGACUCCAUGCUGGCGCUUAAGUUAUCAUCCAGAAUCAUGCACAAGUUAGCCAUUGCUGAGCAAAACGUCCAAGGAGUUGUCGAUGAGCGGGUUGCAUUUCGCAUGAACCUAGACAUUGACACGCUGCGAGUCUUCGACAUGAAUCUCCCAGACUUUCUCACUACAAAUGGUCCAUCUGCGCUCCCCGUACGAAAACUACUCUCGAUUUCGAAAAUAUCCUGCGAGGAUUGUGGCACUUAUUGUGAUCCUAUGUGGUAUCGCAAAAGCCCUGUCGGAGAAGCCCUAGAUCUUGAGAAGCUCCCAAAGCUAGAUGAGUUCUCCCUCAUAUUCCCUAGCGUUUCUCAAGAUUGGUCGAUAGAGGGUCUUCCACGUGUUAGAGACCAGGCUGACAUCUCAGGUGCAGCUCAUACGGGCAUCAAAUGGCAAUUCAACACUGGUCUGUACCCAGUACCUCGUUGGGAAAUAUACCAUGACGACCACUUCAACGGCUCGUAUAAAGCACACAUGCACCCAGAUGAUCCCGUUCCUGAAGAAGCCAUACCAUACGUAGGAAAAUGGGGAUACGAGCGCGGUUCCGAGGCUGUUGGGGGCUAUUGGGCCAGUUUCCAGUACUUUGAAGAGACCAGAGACGUAUAUUUCGCUCCUCUUUCAUUGAAAGAAGUUGAGCCCCUAGUCAAGGGUCCCUAUGGAGGAAAUGCACGUGAAGCCAUUUAUGAAGACCAUACGCCAAGGUUUGUGGCAAAGCUACGAAUUAUCCGACAGGGAACGACUCCCCCUACUGGAUGGAUCAAAGUGGAACUAGUACACCUGGAGGAUCCCAACUGGAAACGCCAACUGUUAAACACAUGGAAGAGUGUGUGGUACACUUUGAACGGACGCAGGUCUCGUGACUACGAUGACCUACCUGAGCCUUGCCACUACUAUCUCCGUCAGACAUAA